AUGGUCAAACCAAUUGUAGCCCCCAGUAUCCUUGCUUCUGAUUUUGCCAACUUAGGCUGUGAAUGUCAUAAAGUCAUCAAUGCCGGUGCGGAUUGGUUACACAUCGACGUCAUGGACGGCCAUUUUGUUCCAAACAUUACUCUAGGCCAACCAAUCGUCGCCUCCCUACGUCGCUCUGUGCCACGUCCUGGCGAUGUUAACAACACAGAAAAGAAGCCUACUGCGUUCUUCGAUUGUCAUAUGAUGGUCGAGAACCCGGAAAAAUGGGUCGACGACUUCGCUAAAUGUGGUGCCGACCAGUUCACGUUCCAUUACGAAGCUACGCAGGAUCCCUUGUCCUUGGUCAAACUGAUCAAGUCUAAGGGCAUCAAAGCUGCCUGUGCCAUCAAACCUGGUACUUCUGUGGAUGUCCUUUUCGAGCUGGCUCCUCAUUUGGACAUGGCCUUGGUUAUGACCGUGGAACCGGGGUUCGGAGGCCAAAAGUUCAUGGAGAAUAUGAUGCCAAAGGUGGAAACUUUGAGAGACAAGUUCCCCCAUUUGAACAUCCAAGUCGAUGGUGGUUUGGGUAAGGACACUAUUCCUAAGGCUGCCAAAGCCGGCGCCAACGUCAUUGUUGCAGGGACAAGUGUCUUCACUGCAGCUGACCCUCAUAACGUCAUCUCGUUCAUGAAGGAAGAAGUCUCUAAAGAACUGCUUUCUAAGGGCUUACUAGAUUAG